AUGAACUUCACAAAUAAUGAUAUUCACGAACAUGGUGCACAAUAUCUUGCUAACAGUUUACAGGAAAACAAAAUACUCACCAUAUUGAAUUUCGGAUACAAUCAAAUUGGUGAUCAAGGAGCAAAAUAUUUUGCUGAUGUUCUUGAAUAUAACGAAACACUUAAAACAAUACACCUCGGAUUCAAUGAGAUUGGUGACGACGGAGUAAAACAUCUUGCUGAUGCUCUUCAAGAAAAUAAAACACUUAUCACAUUAGACCUUCAAUGGAAUCGAGUCAAUAAUUACGGGGCACAAUAUCUUGCUAAUGCUUUACGACAAAAUAAAACACUUACCGAAUUGAAUCUUGGAUACAAUCCAAUUGGUAAUGAUGGAAAAGAAAGUCUUGGGAAAAUACUUCAAAAUAAUUCAGAAACCAAAAUAAUUUUCUGA